ACACAAGGCAGCACGGGCAACUGGACUAGCAGAGGUAUGGUGGUGCCUCAGCAUGCAUGUGGAGAUCAGAGAAUAACUUCUGCCACUUAGUUCUCUCCUUCCGCUAUUUGGGUCCUAGGGGCUGAACUCAGGUCCUCAGGCUCGGGGGGGAGGGGGGGCAACCUGCUGUGCCAUCUUGCCAACCCACACGCCUUUGCCUUUUUAAACAAAAAUAGCUGUAGGAAGAAAUGUUGCUGUUAUAAUUCUUUUUUUUUUUCAAAUCUCUUUAGUCUGAGAUUUCAUCAAACACUCUCCAUGUAGCUCUGGAAAAUUCCAGAGUACUUUUUGUGGCAACAUGGAAGUGCAAUAGACAAAUAAUGUCCUUCUUAGGUAAAGUAUGUUGACCUCGGGGACUCCGUGGAAGGCUCUCAAGGAGCUUUGGACUCUAGAGUUACCCUUUGAAGAGCACUGGUGUAGAAAGAUUGCUGUGAACUUGAAGUUGAGCUUCUGGGCCUAGGGCUACACUUUCCUUAUCUGUAGAUGGAAAUUAAUGUCCCUUCCCUCCAAAGGGCCAGCCAAUUAACCGUGCCAAGUACACAGUAGAGAUAGGGAGUUUGGCAGCUUUUUGCUUUCUUGUAGCCUCAGUUUCCUUAUUGAUGAAACAAAGACCUGAGCUGGAGCACCCCCAAGGCUCUUCCAACUCCAACUGUGGCCGUGCAGUGUGAAACGGUCCACACUUCCCACUCCGGCGGUUACCCUUUCCCUUUUCAGCUCACAGGCACAAAAGCACGCUGUGUUCCUCAGCUGAUGCAAACAAGCUCGCACCCCCAAGCUCCCAAUCUCUCAUGCCAACCUGGAUGUACAUGAGUCACUUGCGACAUACCCCUUAGUUCUACGCCCCCUCACAACCAAGACACACACACAGGUGCACCGUAGGUCCACAGAUCCAUGUGCACCCUGCAUAGACACAAUUCUUAUACAAAUGCAUUCUCUGCACACACAACUCUGGAGAUCAGACACAGAGCCUGGUGGCCUGGUAGGGCACGCUGCGGACGGGUGCAACCACUCCAUCCUUUGGCUGCUCUCCCGCGGGCGCCGGGCCUGGGCCUCCCCGCUCCGCCCCCACGCGCGCCCCCGCCGCCUGCGCCGCAGUCCGCGUCCACCAGCCCCGGCAGCCAGUAGUUGCGGUCCCAGUUCCGCGCAGCGCUCCGGAGCUGAAAGGACUGCAAUCAGCGCCCGAGGUCAGGAGGAAUAGGUGGCGCCUAGAGAGCGGGUGGCACCAGAGUUGCGGCAGCCCGGAGGUGGAAGCUCUCGAGAGGGGCAGAACAGCCUGCAGGGAGCAGCGGGGCGCCGGCAGGCUGGUGUGGGGGGAGACCCUGCAGGAGUCAUGGCCGGGCUACGAGCCAGGCGGGGCCCUGGGCGCAGGCUACUGGUGUUGUCCACGCUGGGUUUUUGCCUAAUGCUGCAAGUCAGUGCCAAGAGACCUCCUAAGACGCCCCCCUGCCCACCCAGCUGCUCCUGCACCAGGGACACCGCCUUCUGCGUGGACUCUAAGUCGGUGCCCAAGAACCUGCCUUCAGAGGUCAUCUCCCUGACGCUGGUGAAUGCUGCCUUCUCAGAGAUCCAGGAUGGAGCCUUCUCCCAUCUGCCGUUGUUGCAGUUCUUGUUACUCAACUCUAACAAGUUCACACUGAUUGGAGACAAUGCCUUCAUAGGACUGUCGCACCUGCAGUACCUCUUCAUAGAGAACAAUGACAUCUGGGCUCUCUCCAAGUUUACCUUCAGAGGACUGAAGUCCUUGACACACCUUUCUCUGGCCAACAAUAACCUGCAGACACUGCCCAGAGACAUCUUCCGUCCCCUGGACAUCCUGAGUGACUUAGACCUCCGGGGCAACGCACUUAACUGUGACUGCAAGGUAAAGUGGCUGGUGGAGUGGCUGGCACACACCAACACCACGGUGGCUCCCAUCUACUGCGCCAGCCCGCCCCGCUUCCAGGAACACAAGGUGCAGGACUUGCCUCUUCGAGAAUUCGACUGCAUCACCACUGAUUUUGUCCUCUACCAGACCCUGUCCUUCCCAGCAGUGUCUGCGGAACCUUUCCUUUACUCUAGUGACCUCUACUUGGCUCUGGCCCAGCCAGGUGCCAGCGCCUGCACCAUCCUCAAGUGGGACUAUGUGGAACGACAGCUUCGAGACUAUGACAGAAUUCCAGCCCCUUCAGCUGUGCACUGCAAGCCGAUGGUGGUGGAUGGCCAGCUCUAUGUCGUUGUGGCCCAGCUGUUUGGUGGCUCAUACAUUUACCACUGGGACCCCAACACCACACGUUUCACCAAGUUGCAGGACAUCGACCCACAGCGCGUGCGCAAACCCAAUGACCUGGAAGCCUUCCGCAUCGACGGUGACUGGUUUUUCGCAGUGGCUGACAGCUCCAAGGCAGGUGCCACCAGCCUCUACCGUUGGCACCAGAAUGGCUUCUAUUCCCACCAGGCCCUGCACGCCUGGCACCGCGACACCGACCUGGAGUUUGUGGACGGUGAGGGCAAACCACGGUUAAUUGUGUCUAGCAGCUCGCAAGCACCUGUCAUCUAUCAAUGGAGUCGUUCUCAGAAACAGUUUGUGGCUCAGGGAGAGGUGACUCAGGUACCUGAUGCCCAGGCCGUGAAACACUUUCGUGCUGGCCGAGACAGCUACCUGUGCCUUAGCCGCUACAUUGGCGACUCCAAGAUCCUGCGCUGGGAAGGUACCCGUUUCUCUGAGGUGCAAGCCCUUCCCUCCCGAGGCUCGCUGGCCCUACAGCCCUUCCUGGUGGGUGGUCACCGCUACCUGGCCCUGGGCAGUGACUUCUCCUUCACCCAGAUCUACCAGUGGGAUGAGGGGCGACAGAAAUUUGUACGGUUCCAAGAGCUGGCAGUACAGGCACCCCGGGCCUUCUGCUACAUGCCUGCUGGAGAUGCCCAGCUGCUCCUGGCCCCCAGUUUCAAGGGACAAACACUGGUGUACCGACAUGUUGUGGUGGACCUUAGUGCCUAGAGGGGGGCUAAGUCCUUUGGGUUCCUCAGGGUGGCACUGUACGAUGGGUGGGGACCUCUGUGAGCAACUUGUGGCCCCAAGUGAAGUCACAGGUGGCCAGCCUGUCUAUGUAGCUACACACACAUACACAAAGAAGUGGGCCUGGGCACACACCAGGGACUAGCCCAGGGGAGCCAUUCCCAUUACUGUAAUAAGCACCUACGUAUGCACCAGGCACCCAGUGUCCAGGCUCUCUAUGUGCGCACCAACAGCCCCUGAUCUUCAGUGUUCCCUGCUCUGCUCCGUUGCUAGCGUGUCUGAGUAACAAAGCGAGUGCAGGAAGGGGUGAGCCACAGCCUUCUCUUCUCAGCUUAGCUUUCUGCUCUCUGGCCUCUGGAUGCCCGAGGUGCUUGUGUACCUGUUUGGCAUCCACAGUUGCAGCCCCCCUGCAGGUGUGCCCACACUUCCAAGUGUGCCUGCCCACGCCAUGCUCCUUCUGCAUGCACCUGUGGACACUGAUGGACAAACUCAGCUGCAUACUUGUGCAUACCCCACCACACUUCUGAUUCUGUAUCUGCACACGUCUGGGGGUGUGUACGUGAGCGGACUAGGUGCUGGGCAAACCGGCGUCCUUGAUACCCCGUAGCUGCUCUUCUUGGAGGGUGCCUACAGCACCCACACUUUCUCUGCUCUCCCCAGUGUGCCCCCUGUGUGGCUCAUAAGGAUAGCAACAGAAAACGUGACCAUGGCCUCGUGGGGACAAAGCCACUUCAUCCAGAAGCAAUAAUAACAAGAGGCAGCAGCAACUGGGUUCUUCACAGUGCAGUAUAGCUCUCCUCACUAGAGUUUUCUUCCACGACUCAGUCCCAGCUCAAAGGGACACGGGUGGGAAGGCUUUCUCUGGAUAGCUAUUGCUUUUUCAAGCUCGGGCCAUCUCCUCUCUCACCCUAUCUUUGAGAUGCGGAUCCCAAAGUGUGAUUGCUCCUUGACUGGAUAUAUAAAAAAAAAUCAGCCAAGGCAAGAAUCCUGAGACAGCCUGAGCUACUUGUGUGGGCGCCAGGAACAUGUUGGUCGCCCUGGCACCCCUCCAUGCCAUGGAGAUGCCCCCCGGAGGCACAGCUCGGUGGAGGCUGGAUGAGGAUGGCAGGGAGGGACACCUGGGAACCAGGCCUCUGCUGCCCUCUGCUGUCCUCUGGGAGCAGCAGCCCUGAAGUAGGAAAUGAUCAGGCUGAGAGGAUUUCUUGCGGCCUGAUGCACCUGGGGAUAAUGCUAAGAUUCCUUUGCUUCGAAUAAAGUUCCACCCCACUGCUA